GAGCACCGAUCACUUUCAUGUGGACGUGCGCUUCGUCCUCUGCGCCGUCGACAAGGAGGAGGACCGCAUCCUGGUGGCGCUGGAGGUGAUCGCGCACGGCGACAUCCUGGUGCUCAACUGCACGGAGAACAUGAACGACGGCAUGACCUACGCCUACUUCUUCGCCGUGCCGCGGCUGUUCGCGGACCGGCCCUACGACUACGUGGGCAAGACCGACGACGACACCUACUACCGGCUGGCGUCGCUGGCAGAGUCGCUGCGCGGCAAGGCGCGGCGCGACGCGUACCACGGCUACCUGACGCCCUGCCACUGGCUGCCGGAGAAGCAGUACAUGUCCGGGAUGGGGUACAUCGUGUCGUGGGACGUGGCGGCGUGGAUCGCCGAGACGCCGGAGCUCCGGGACGACCACGACGACUGGGAGGACGUCAACUUCGGCGGCUGGCUGCGCAAGGGGGGCAGGUACAAGAACGUCUACAACGAGGAGCCCAGGAUGUACGACUACUGGGACAGGGAGAUGGACGCCGACAUCAACUGCUUCCGCCACGAGCACAGGGCGGACGCGGUGGCCGUGCACAAGCUCAAGGACCGCCUCAAGUGGGCGCGCACGCUCCACUUCUUCAACGCCACGCAGGGCCUCGCGCCUUCCAACAUGUACCAUCUAGACUUGGACAACAACAUCUACCGGGUGUAGAGUAGUAGAGAUCUAGUAUACAUUGGACUGCUUGUUAGCUUUCUUUUCAUUUAUUUGCAGAACUCUAGUCUUCCUCCAAUGUCUGAGGGGAUAAUUCAUAUUGAUGGCAUUGAGGGAAUACAUAAAA